UCCCCAGUCUCUCCUUCGACUUUAUUGUGCAUAAUAGCACAUUUCCUCUGCAGCAGACUACUGUGCAAGGCUUGGCGCAACAAGUUUGCAAGACCCCCCCUCUCCCCAACGCGCCGUCAGACAGGUUGACUUGCUUUGGCUGGAGCGGAGUGGAGCUCCUCUCAUCUUUCUGUCGCUGUCACCACAAAGUGACUGUACGUGAACGCGGCGUCGCAGGAUCUCUCUCACACACACUCUCACACACUCUCUCUCAGAACAGUGUGCCAUAAAAUUCGUGACUCCGUGCCAGAUGCAGUUUGCUCCCAGCGGCGCGUGUAGUUGUAGUUAGAUGGAGACCGCGGAGGCAAGAGGUGCAUCUACGUGCGUGGAAAAAAUGGAGAAAGAAGUGGCGCCUCAGAAGCGACAAUUUCACCGCGCAACAGUGCUGAACAUAAUCUCGUGUUUAUGCUCGGUGGCGUCCAUCGCCUUCUGCAUUCUCCUGAGCUUUAACGCAGCUGAUAUCAAGAAGAGGGUUGUGGAUCUGGAGGGUGAGAAUGGCGAGCACACCUUUGUCCGUGCCCCCGGCUACUCCAUGGAUGAUUUUAAUUCACUUAUUGAACAAAGAGUGGACGAGCUGCUCUCCCAGCGCUCCUAUGAAAAUUUUGUCAAGAUUAGGACAGCCAGACAAGCAGCACCUGAAUGCAACUGCCCUCCAGGACCUCCAGGAAAGCGAGGAAGAAGAGGCCGCGAUGGAGAACCUGGACCUCCUGGCCCCCCAGGUCCAAAGGGUGAAAAGGGGGAUCAAGGCGACCAGGGACCACGGAUGGUCUUCCCUAAGAUCAAUCAUGGCUUUCUUUCCGCUGACCAGCAGCUCAUAAAGCGGCGGCUCAUUAAGGGAGAUCAAGGGCAAGCAGGACCACCUGGGCCUCCGGGGCCUCCAGGCCCUCCUGGGCCAAGGGGGCCUCCAGGGGAUACAGGGAAAGAUGGACCCAGAGGUGUACCCGGUCUGCCAGGGGAUCCAGGACAGCCCGGAGAAACAGGACCCAUGGGACCUGAGGGGCCAGAAGGGCAAAAGGGUUUAAUUGGGCCUCCUGGCAUCCCAGGUGUCGAUGGACAAAAGGGGGAUGUUGGCAUCCCAGGAUUGGACGGCGUCCCUGGAGCUAAGGGUGAAAUGGGCGAGCGAGGUGAAAAGGGCGAUAUGGGUGAAGAUGGGCCUAAAGGUGAAAUGGGAGAGAAGGGAGACGCUGGCUCAUCUGCUGCAGGCAUCAAGGGUGAACCAGGAGAGCCUGGACGAAGUGGACAUAAGGGAGAGCCAGGACUUCCAGGGCUGCCUGGACUCCCAGGGAUAAAGGGUGAGCCUGGAUUCCUUGGACCUCAAGGAGAGCCAGGGCUUCCAGGACUCCCAGGAACAAAGGGUGAGAGAGGAGAGCACGGGCCGCCAGGAAAGGGUGAAAGAGGAGACAUUGGACCUGCCGGAGCAAAGGGUUCACAGGGAGAAUCCGGCACUCCGGGUCCUAAAGGAUCAAAGGGUGAGACUGGAGAUAAGGGAGACUUAGGAUCAAUCGGCCCGAGGGGUCCCCCUGGACAGAAAGGAGACCAGGGAGCCACAGAAAUCAUCGACUACAAUGGAAACAUUCAGGAGGCUCUACAGAAGAUUACCACUAUUACAGUAACGGGCCCUCCAGGACCUCCUGGACCGAUGGGGCCGAUGGGUUUGAAGGGGGAUCGUGGCAUGCCUGGUCUUCCUGGGCUGGAUGGUGAAAGAGGCUACAAAGGUUCCAAAGGAGACAUGGGAAUGCCGGGAGCUUCAGGGGAUAAAGGAGCGACUGGUUUACCCGGCCUACCUGGUGUCAAUGGGAUGAAAGGUGACAAAGGAGACUCAGGUUUGCCUGGUCCUCAGGGUGCUUCAAUCAGUGGGCCUCCAGGGCCGCCCGGGCCCCAUGGACCCCCAGGACCAAUGGGCCCCCAUGGUUUCCCUGGACCAAAGGGGGAGCCUGGUUUGCACGGCAUGAAGGGUAUUCGAGGGGAACCAGGCCACAAAGGCGACCGCGGACCCCUGGGCCUCCCCGGAGCCUCCGGCUUGGACGGCAAGCCCGGAAUUAGGGGCAUGGACGGGCCUCCGGGUCCAGCUGGUCCGGCUGGACCGAAGGGCGAUAUCGGUGAGAAAGGAGCACAAGGCGAGCCAGGACCUCGGGGACCUUAUGGACUCCCUGGAGCCCCAGGAACACCAGGCUUGGAUGGGUUGCCAGGCUUAAGGGGAGAGAAAGGCGACGUUGGGGAAAGAGGAGAAAAGGGGGAGAAGGGAAAGAAGGGCAAAAAAGGGCCUAAGGGCGAGAAAGGCGAACAGGGUGCCCCUGGAUUAGAUGCACCCUGCCCAUUGGGGCCGGAUGGAUUACCGAUGCCUGGGUGCUGGCAGAAGUGAUCACUCUAACCUGAAACGCAUGGAGUUUGUAAAUAAUGCUUCUUUUUUUUGGUAUUUAUAGUUUUUUAAUGGAACAAAAAAAAAUGUCUAAAAGAAAAGAAGAUUAUGUGUACAAUGAUACGAAAAGAGAUAACCGUCCCUAAGCUGCUUCUACUCACAUCAAUGUGUGGAAAAAACCCAUCUGUGUUUGUCUGCUCGAUCAUAUCCACAUGGUGGUGGAGUUGGAUCCCUGGCUGGCAGCAGAACUUUCUCUGUAGUCUUUGCAUGGCUCAGACCGGAGCGUCAGCAGGAUUGAGGAAGAAGGAGGAGGAGGAGGAGGAGAAUCUGGACUGGCUGUCUAACACCAAACGCUAGGUGUUUUGUGUUGUUUCGUCCCAGCAAGCUCACCGCCCCUUCACGCAGCACCAUUUUCUAAAAAAAAGACUGCAGAACAGAGACAUUGCACCCCUGACCCUGCAAAAGCAUGAGUAGUAUACUGAAACUAUAUUUAUAUGUAUUGUACAUAUGUGUCACUGUUUGUGGUUGGCUUCUGCAGAAAAAAACACUAACUUAAAAAAAAACAAAAAACAUCCUGGAUCUUAAAAUUUGUUUGCUUUAUCUUCUCAAGGGAGUCACGCCGUGGCUGGUAGCCUGAACCCCCCAGAAAAGUAAAGUUGUUGCUUUAUUUAGUGAUACCUGCAGAGAGUGUUGAGUCAGCAGGUUUUCACUCAUGUGGCUGCAUCGCUGCGGUGCAUCGUCCACAUGUCGCCGGACUAGAGGGGAGGACUUAGCGGGGCUCACUGCACUGAUAGGAGAGUAACUCAGGCUUCUGAGAACUGACUGGAACGGAUCUGCAGGAGAGUCGGCCUCAUGGAGGUCACAUGGAGCGUGUGCCUCUCCUUCCAGGCGACGCUUUUACGUCUACUGAGAGCGUACACAGAAUGCAAUCAUGUCUUUAUUUUCUUUAUUUUCUGUUGUUUUUGCUCUCAUUCUUUAACAUUGUAUUUUGUGUAUAAUAGCCUUUGGUGCCUCAAGCUUUUAUUCAUUCCUUUAUCAGAAAUGUACAUCUUUAUAUCCUGUUUUGAUUUAUCAGAAGUGUUUAUUUCAGGAGGGUAAGCUUUGACACUGAGUCACACUGAUUUUCAUAAAUAGUUUCUAACAGACUUUUUUGAGUAGCUUACCUGUAAAGAAGCUCUUGCUAAAACACAUGAAGCAGUGUUACAAAUGUGCUACUUGUUCAUUCUGGACUUGUUGUAUGGGAUGUUCUCUGUACGGUGUUGUCAACUCACUGCAUGUUCACAAUUUAUUAUGUAUGGAUUUCCUAAAUAUUGCAAAUAAGCGCUGAUUUUAGCGACUGAAUGAGAAACAAACAGCCUUGUUUCAAAGUCAAAGUAGCUGGUAUUCCAGAUGUGUCGAAUCAAGGCAGUUACAUUACACUGCUUUUUUCACCUUAAGAAUUGUCUUAAACAUACGGGAAACAUGUAAGAAGCUAGAUUUGACUCAAAGUUGAUUUAAAGCCUUGCAUUAUUACAGGACAGUCCAACUGGUGGCCAGUUUAGUCACAUUCCAUAUCAAAUGGAGCAAAAGUGGAGCAGCAAGUCUAUUCUUCAUCAUAUUUUACUCAUGUUUCUUGUAUUCUAUUUGCCUUCUGGAUGCUAUGAACGGAGAUGCUUGCAGUGCGUCAUGCAUAAGAAAUAUGCAUGGAUGAUUCGCUGUAAGCACGGAUUGAGUUGUAAUGAAGCUGCAAUCACAAGCAAGAGCAUUUAUUUCCAUGCUGUUUCAGUUUGAUUGUACAGUUCAUCGUUGUUUUAGAGAGUGGAUAGUGUUGAUUCUCGGGGUGUAGUGGUUCACGGAGGUCAUGGUUUGGUUCAUACCUCGGUUUUAGGUUACAGUUCCAUACAGAUUUGUUUUGUCAAUAAAAAAUAAAAAGUAUCAAGAUUUAUAACUGUAGAUUCCCUUCACUUAAAAAAUAAUUUUUUGCUCACAUUUAUGCAGCUAAUCCUUUUUACAUGUUCAAAAAAUACAUAUGAAUCAAUCAAUAUAGUAUGCCUGUUUAUAUUUUUCUGGCAGUUUAAUUUACUUUUUGAAACUGGCCUCAGAAAUCCAGAGAAACUUUUCAUUUUUGAAACUUAUCUGAGCUAUUUUCCUACUUUUUCGUGUCUGGAAGAAAAAGAGAAACAUUGGAAAACUUUUCAAAAACUGGGUCCAUUUUUUUCAAUUCCUUUAUUUUUUUUUUCUUGAUUUAAUGAAAUACUUGUGAAAAAGGCCAUUAUGUGACCUAAUGGGAAACGGUAAACAUCUCAAAAUAAAAGCCCUCAGGUCUAAAUUAAAGCCUAUAUAGCCACCCAUGGGUUUUACAGUAUAAUAUUAGAUCUGUUUGCUCUAGACAGUGUAUUGAAAUAAUGUCAAUGGCAAAAGUACUGGUGAAUUAAUGGACAAUAUUAAUAUUAGGAAAAAUGUAUUAUGGGUAGAUAAGCCUGGGCUGCUUGAGGUUUUUUUCGAUGUUCCCAGCAGGAGUCAAAUUUUCAAUACAUUAUUGUAUUGUUUGGUAGAAAAAGGUUUUUUAUUUUUGUGUACAAAUAGAUAAAUACAUAGAGAGAAAACACAAUCAACCUAUUUGUCUUAUUUAUUCAUAUUCAAUGGUUCACAACCUUUUUUUAGGACCCCCCACUACUCGUAUCAAAGAAAAGCUACGGAAAAAUUAGACAUAAAAAUGAAGAUCUGAAAAUGCUAGAAAGAAAAAAGAAUGAAAAAAUGAAUUUUAUCAUUUGAAAGCUGUAAAUGUACGUGAACCAAAAUGUAGAAUUUUGAGACUAUGAAGUCAAAAGUCCAGCCACUUAUUGGUUACUUGUACACUUUUUACUUUAAAUUUAAAAUCUCAAAAAACUUGACAUUUUUGGGUUCUUGUGUCAACAUUUAAGAAUUUCUGAAUUGGGAAAUUUUAAGGUUUUUCUUGUAAAUUCUAACUUUUUAAACUCUGAAAUUCAGAGAUUGAUUUCUUGUAAAUAUGCAGCUUUAUAAUCUAAAAAAUGUGGGGGUUUUUUCCAAAAGGUUGACUUUUUUUCAUUAAAAUUAAUGGAUUCUCUUCAUGGUUUAAAAAACUAGAUAUGUACAUCUAUUUGCACUAAAUCUUGCACAUUAUACAAGAUUAUUUAAAAACAUUGUCUAGAGCAAAUAGACCUAAUAUUAUUCUGUUAAACACAGUGGACAGCUAUGUAUGCUUUAAUUUUAACAUGAGGACUUUUAUUUUGAAAUGUCUACCUUUCCUGUUGGGUUUCAUGAUCUUCUGUUCCUCAAGUAUUUCACGAAAACAAGAAAAGAAAAUAUAGGAAUUUAAAAAAAACAAUUGGACCCAUUUUUUGACAUUUGUUAUCCCGUUUUUCCAGUUUUGUGACUGAAAUAAAAAAACUUGAAAACAGCUAGUUUUUCCAGUUGUCUGUUUUCCUUUUUUUUCAGAAACAAAAAAAAUGCUAUUUCUUCUGUUUUUCCAUUUUUUUUCUGAAGUUAAAAAACAAGAAAACGGCUCCAUUUCCUGUUUUUUGUUUUUUCCAUUUUUCAUAACAAAUGGAAAAUAAGAGUUUCCCUGGAUUUCUGGUGCCCAUUUCAAACAGGAAAUGGAACUGCCAGAAAGUACACCUAAAAACCCUAAACACCGUCACAUUUCUUUUCUUUUUUUAACGGUUCAGAUGCAUUUAUUGUGGGAUUAUAUGAACCAAACCCCUGAAUGGUGACCAUUUGGUACGAAUACAGAAACCGCUACACCCCUCACAGACUCUACUGGUGCUAACAGCUCGGUCAAUACCAGUGGCAAGGCUCACACAACAGGUUUCUUUAUUUUUAUGUAUGUAACAAGGUUUUGUGCAUAUAUUUGUGUAUUUGUCUCAAUAUUUUAAGUGGUACAUUAUUUAUUUUUCUAUAAUUUCUUAAAUGAAGGCAUUUUGGUUCUGAACAGCAUUCCUUUCAGUUGUUUUGAUGUCAUUUUCUGCUGCGAGGAAUCUGCGUCACACUACGGCGUCACACUACGGCGUCACAAGGGAAGGUGUUUAUUUACUCUGUACUCAUGGUGCAUUUAUUUCAGCUUAUAGGCCUUACAAUCGAUGCUUUUAUUUAAUUUUGCGUGUCAAAAAGCUUAAAAUGGCAACAAAGUAUUGAUGCAACUGUGUCCAGUGAAACGUCACGGCUUUUUCUCACAUUUCUCUCUUUGCAUUGAAUGUAGUUUGAUAUAUGUAUAGUGGAUUAUUAAUGUACUGUUUAAAUGUGUGCUCAUUUGACAAGAAGUGCAAUUUAUACUUUGGUUAAUGUGCGUAGCAUCGAAUGCAGCAGAGAUAACACGUAGUUGUGGUUUCUAAAGCUCCAUUUGCUCGGUCAUGCUACCCUGUAUACCACUACCUGGAACAAAACACAAAGAAACGAGUGUAAACAUGGACCUCUCAUUAAAAUAUCAAUUUUUUGAUUGGUUCUCCUCAAGCAAUGUCCCUUCAAUCAUGUUGUAAAACUUUAUUUCCAUUGUGUAAUAUAUACUCAAUUUUUGCAUUGAGUUUUAUAUUUGUGUUUUGAUUUCCAGCCUUCGUUACAGUAUUUCUCACAUGUUGCUGUAUCUUGAGCAUGUGCAGCUAAUUUUUUAAUUGAUUUUUUUUUUUUAUUUGUUUGUGUGAAAAUGUGUUUCCUUGUUAAAGUUUCAUUUUUUAAAUUCUGCUAUUUGCAGAAGUGCCAAAACAUUUCAAACAUGUGUUUCCAUAUCAGUAUUUGUUUAUUAGCAGAGCUGGAGGGGGGCUCCGACAUGGCUCACUGAUAGGCCACUUCUGUGUAUUUGUCAAGAUUUCCAACAGUAGCGUACAACCAUCAUCAGUGGAAACCUCCCAUAUAAAAGAGCUGCUGUAGGAUAUUUAACAAAGCCACAUUCAUCACACUAAGCUAAAAUACACUGGUUUCUAUCAGAGCGUAGACAUUACACCCUCCAAUGUACUGCAGCCUUAGUGAAAUAGGAACAUUGUCACGUAGAGUAGAAUGCAGUCUUGAUAGCAGCAAAAAUACAAGGCAGCAUCCAUGUUGUUGUUUUUUUUUUAUUGAAAACUGAAUUAUUGCAUUGUGGGAUAUGUUCAUUUUCUGAUUUGUAUUCUUCAUCUUUGACCUGACAGAUUGUCAUUUCUUUGAAGUCCCUUUUUGUUCACACGAUAUUUCAAAACAACAUUUCAUAUGACUGUACUGUUGGAGCCAAAU